AUGAACAAACUGGAUGUGGUUCUUCCUUUCCAGGGGUGCCUGCUCUUUCUGAAGAAGAACACACAACUGGCUCUGACCUUGCAUGUCAGAUGUCUCCUCGUUUUCAACCUUUGCCUGGGACUUACCUUCCUGUCGGGAUUCUUCCAUAUGAAGACUAAAGAUUCCAUAGUCUCCAAGAGCGACAAGGAGCUGCUGCUGACAUCCAGGCCUUGCCAUGCCAAGACUAACGUCAUGUUCCUCAAGACCCACAAGACGGCCAGCAGCACCGUCCUCAACAUCAUGUUCAGGUUUGCAGAGAGGUACAACCUCACCGUGGCCCUCCCAGCUGACCAGCUCCUCCACCUGGGCUACCCCAAGACCUUCCUGGCCGACUUUGUGGAGGAAUUUGAAGCCAUAGGACAAAACUACAACAUCAUGUGCAACCACCUGCGGUUCAACCCCUCGGAGGUGCAAAGGGUGAUGGCCGCCAACACCUUCUACUUCUCCAUCCUGAGGAACCCCAUUCCUUUGCUGGAGUCUUCCUACGUCUACUACAAGGGCAAUGUCCCUGCCUUCAGGACCUCCAAGGAUGUGAACGACUACCUGGCCUCCCCCACCAAGUAUUACCACCCAGAAGAUUCCAGGCAGAACAUCUACGCCCGGAAUAUCAUGUGGUUUGAUUUUGGCUACGACAACAACGCGGAGGCCAACGAGAGGUACAUCCAGGCAGUCUUGAGGGAGAUCGAGGAGAACUUCCACUUGAUCUUGAUAGCAGACUACUUUGAUGAGUCCAUGGUCCUCUUGAAGCACACUUUGUGCUGGGAUCUGGAUGAUGUGAUUUACUUUAAGCUCAAUUCCAGAAGCCAGGACACUGUCCAGACCUUGACUCCGGAAAGCAAGGAGCAGAUAAAAGCGUGGUGCUCGCUUGACUGGAAGCUCUACCUGCACUUCAACCAGAGCUUCUGGAGGAGAAUUGAGGACACCAUAGGGCACGAGGAGCUGGAGAAGGAGGUGAAUCACCUACGGACCAGACAGAGGGAGCUCAUGGAGACCUGUCUUUUGGGCCAGGAGGCAGUGGGGAAGGAUCACAUCGAGAACAAAGCUCUCCUGCCUUUCCAGUCAGGGGCUGCAAAUAUCCUCGGGUACAACCUCAAAGAAGACAUAGACAACAGGACACUCAGAACCUGCCAGAGAAUGGUCCUGCCAGAGCUGCAGUACACGUCCUACCUUUAUGCUGUUCAGCACCCACACAAGAAGAGGAAGCAGCUGGGCUUGCCCUUGCUAUGGACCAGUUCCCAGGAGAAGCUGCAGCUCCCGACUCCCAACUAGGGGAGAGACUUCCCACCCCACUGAGACUUCCCACCACUUUGUAACUUGUGGGGCUCACCCACAGGACCCUUGUGCAUAAGGGGGAGACGGGUGGGGGGCUUCGUUCUGGGCCACCCAGCUGGUGGUGGGUCCCUUUUUGGGGACCUUUGGGACAAAGACUCUGUGGUGGAUGGAUCCUGUGUGAUCCCACCUUGGCUGAGGGGGACAACCUGCUGCUCCUGAGCACUGGAUGGACUUUCCAGCUGGGUUAUGUUUUACUGCCAAUUAAUCAUUAAUCAUGGGCUUAAUCAUUA